AUGACUCGGCUUGAUUCUCCCCUGCACCACGCAGACAGUUGUUCUGUGAUGGAGACACGCAGCAGAAGCUCCAGCAGAAGAGGUAGCCGAUGCACAGACUCAAGAAAAGAGAAAGAGCAGACUAACGCUCGUGCCAUUUUCAAACGAGCGAAUCGCUUCCUGUCACUUGACCGCGAGACGCGAGCUGGCAGCCCUCUGCCUCCUGUGCGGUACUACGAGAGAGGGCACCCUCUUCCCAGCAACUGCAGUCCGGAGCGAAAAGCCACCAUUCCCUUCCGCAACCCGGACUUGGGCCUCCCGUCCCAUAGGCGGCGCUACGAUACGCUCGGUCUCUCUCCACAGCGUCACAUGCCCUACUCAAACUUCAGACGCGGUGACAGCCAAUCACGAGCAAGCCCUCGUUCGGGUAGCCCAAGGUCUGCCAACGUCUCUCCGCACCGGCGGAUCGAGUUGUUCCGCAGCUCCUCCCCUCGCAGAGGAUCCGCCUCCCAACGGCCUGGAACCUCUUAUGCGUCACCCAGACAGGCUUCUAGAAAAUGCAGCCCGUCGAGGAGACGAGACUCACGUGGGCACUCCCCCUCUCAAACCUCCGGCUCUAACAGGUAUGCAGGAUCAGGCCCCUCCCACAAGCGAUACCCCUCCCAGAGUUCGCAUGGACACAGCCUGGAUUCUGAAAAGCUGUACCGGAACCUGAAAUCAAUUGCUAGCUCAGCAGAGUCAGAUGAUUCUCAACAGGAAAGAAGAUAUCGCUCUAACGCGGAAGCAGACAGCCGCUGUCACAAGCACGGCCGAAGCAGCCGUAGCAGUGGCUGCAACAGUCGAGAAAGUGGAUGCAACACUGGACGCAACAGCAGAGAUUUCUCACCACCAGGUAGUGACUAUGACAACAGAAGCCGUUUUUCACAAAAAGGGAGUAGUCACGUCAAUGGAUACAACAGAUAUAACAGCUGUGAUACUUCACCGGUCCAUGGAGAUUAUGAUAAGAAUGGUCAUAGCUCCCCAAAGGAGAAAAAACAUGGACAUUCCGGAACUGACAAAGCAACAUCAUCAUCAAAAUCUUCUGCAUCACAAAGGCAUUCUAGAACAGAUCUUAGCCAAUCACAGGGCUCCUGGCAUGGGUCCUCCCAUUCCCUGCCGAGCCCCGCCUCAUCUCGAAACAUCUCCCCAUCAAGGCGGAGUCCAAAAGAGGCAUGGUCCAUGACCCAAGCUGUAACCACGGAAACCGGCAAGCAGAGCGAUGGCAGGAACCGAAGUACCAUCCGACGGGGGUUGGAAGCGUUGAUACUCUCUGAACGUACGAGGUCCGCCAGCCAGCCUGUGCCAGAGAUGACCAUAGAGGACUACGUGGUGAUAGCUGAUAUUCCCAGGAUGAACCUGUAUCCAGAAGAAGAAGAUGGAAUUGUAGUGAGGAGGAGACCCCAGAGCCGUAGUCCUCGCAGAGACGACCAGCACAGGGAAGACAGUAACGCUGUUGGUGACUAUGGAGAGCAGCAGGAGCGCGGGAGGGGGAGAGAGAGAGGCAGGGAGCACAGGGACCGGAGACGCCAUGACAAGGACACAGGAGGCUCGUCCGAGACCAACAGCAACGCGUCUGGCCCGGCACAGGUCUCCUAA